CGGGGCAGGGGCGGGGCCAGGGCGGGGCCAGACCUGCACCGGGCCAGGCAAGAUGGCGGCCAUGGAGACCGAGACGGCGCCGCUGACCCUAGAGUCGCUGCCCACCGAUCCCCUGCUCCUCAUCUUAUCCUUUUUGGACUAUCGGGACCUAAUCAACUGUUGUUAUGUCAGUCGAAGACUUAGCCAGCUAUCAAGUCAUGAUCCGCUGUGGAGAAGACAUUGCAAAAAAUACUGGCUGAUAUCUGAGGAAGAGAAAACACAGAAGAAUCAGUGUUGGAAAUCUCUCUUCAUAGAUACUUACUCUGAUGUAGGAAGAUACAUUGACCAUUAUGCUGCUAUUAAAAAGGCCUGGGAUGAUCUCAAGAAAUAUUUGGAGCCCAGGUGUCCUCGGAUGGUUUUAUCUCUGAAAGAGGGUGCUCGAGAGGAAGACCUCGAUGCUGUGGAAGCGCAGAUUGGCUGCAAGCUUCCUGACGAUUAUCGAUGUUCAUACCGAAUUCACAAUGGACAGAAGUUAGUGGUUCCUGGGUUAUUGGGAAGCAUGGCACUGUCUAAUCACUAUCGUUCUGAAGAUUUGUUAGACGUCGAUACAGCUGCCGGAGGAUUCCAGCAGAGACAGGGACUGAAAUACUGUCUCCCUUUAACUUUUUGCAUACAUACUGGUUUGAGUCAGUACAUAGCAGUGGAAGCUGCAGAGGGCCGAAACAAAAAUGAAGUUUUCUACCAAUGUCCAGACCAAAUGGCUCGAAAUCCAGCUGCUAUUGACAUGUUUAUUAUAGGUGCUACUUUUACUGACUGGUUUACCUCUUAUGUCAAAAAUGUUGUAUCAGGUGGCUUCCCCAUCAUCAGAGACCAAAUUUUCAGAUAUGUUCACGAUCCAGAAUGUGUAGCAACAACUGGGGAUAUUACUGUGUCAGUUUCCACAUCGUUUCUGCCAGAACUUAGCUCUGUACAUCCACCCCACUAUUUCUUCACAUACCGAAUCAGGAUUGAAAUGUCAAAAGAUGCCCUUCCUGAGAAGGCCUGUCAGUUGGACAGUCGCUAUUGGAGAAUAACAAAUGCUAAGGGUGACGUGGAAGAAGUCCAAGGACCUGGAGUAGUUGGUGAAUUUCCAAUCAUCAGCCCAGGUCGGGUAUAUGAAUACACAAGCUGUACCACAUUCUCUACAACAUCAGGAUACAUGGAAGGAUAUUAUACCUUCCAUUUUCUUUACUUUAAAGACAAGAUCUUUAAUGUUGCCAUUCCCCGAUUCCAUAUGGCAUGUCCAACAUUCAGGGUGUCUAUAGCCCGAUUGCCUAGGGUUCUGUCUUUCUCUCCUGGGACAUGUGUCUUUGACACCCUGAGCCACCAUGUAAGAAGUCCAGCUACCAUGAAGCCGUCAUGCAGAAGAGACCAUGUAGAGACAUCACACAGAGAUAGAGGGAGGCACCCAGGAGCCCCAGCUGUUUCAGACUCCAGAUAUUUGGAUCAUCCUGCGCGGGUACCAGACAUGUGAAUGAAGAAGCUCAUGAGAUGACUGCAGUUCCAGCUACCAUCUGACUGCAACAUCACGGGACACCCCAACCCAGAACCACCCCACUGAAUACUUCCCAAAUACCAACCCACAUGAACCAUGAGAGAUAAUAAUGACUGUUGUUGUUUCAAGCCACUAAAAAAAUAAAAAUAUUUUUUUAAAAAGUAGAGGCUACUGAUGGUUGAAUUGAAAUGAUGUGUCUUUAUGGUAGGAGCUCAAUAAAAAUCUUAGAUCUCUUGUUGACAGUGCAUAAAAGUUACCAGUAGAGGUCAUACUUGAUUAAUAUUUUCAUAUCCUCUUUUCUGUAAGUAUAUAGCUUAAUAAUUAUUAUUCAGUAUAUGAAUAUAAGCUCAGUAAAACUGUAUCUUGGAUUGUUACAAGUGGCCUGUUUGCUACCUUCUGUGAAUUACCAACUACUGUGUAAAAAAUAAGUACUGGCUUAGUGAAAUAUUUACCAUUAAAACCAUACUGAGCUGGGCUGGGUCGCAUGCACCUCUAGUCCCAGCUACUCGGGAGGCUGAGGUGGGAGAACUGUUUGAGCCCAGGAGUUUGAGGCUAGCCUAGGCAACAUAGCAAGAACUCGUCUCUAAGAAAAAAUAAUAAUUUUUUUAAAAAGAAGAUCUUCCAUUAAACAACAACAAAAAACCACACUGAGCAUUACUUAACACAAGAUAUAGAAUCCACUCCAGAAUCUUGCAUCAGCAUGUGUGUUGUGAGAACCCACUGUUCAAGUCUAUGGAAAUUCAUAUUUGGCAUGUCUGGUGGUUUGAAUUCUAGAUAAAUGAGAAUUUACAUGAAAUAACUAAAAAACUGAUAGAUGCUCUUCUUAUCAAAAGAUUGUUUUCUCUUUCAAGGAAAUGGGUCCUGAUGAAUAUGAAGAGAUGGAAGAAGAGGAGGAGGAGGAAGAGGAGGAAGACGAGGAUGAUGAUUCAGCAGAUAUGGAUGAAUCAGAUGAAGAUGAUGAAGAAGAGAGACGGAGGAGAGUCUUUGAUGUUCCCAUUCGCAGACGCCGCUGCUCACGCCUUUUUUAGCAAGCCUUCUGCUGAUGGAAGCACUAGGAUGAUUCUAGGCUGUUAAAUAGAUUUCUCAAUAAUGUAAAUAACUAAAUUGUUCUCUGCAUAUAGCAGGAAAACUAGCAUGAAAUAUUGUUUCAGGCCCUGGGUUCUAUGUGACACUACAUUAGGAAUUGGAUUGUUUGGGUUUGCUUUGUGUUUUUGAGGUAGAGGAAGAAAUGGGAAUCUUUUUUUUCUCUUCCAGGAGUCAGUGGAAGAAUAGUUCUCUAGCUAAGGGACGGACAUACCUUUGUUUUAAAAUAUUUUAUACUUACAAAAAUCUAGAAAUGGAGAGGGAACUGUUUUGAAUAAGGAUUUAAAAUACCUGCACAAGGAUAGAGAGAAACUAUGUGACUCAUUCUGUGAAAAGACUUCUUGCAGUUGUGAGUUAUUUAGAAAUGAUCAAAACUUGUAAUUAGGCUAAUCCAUUUAGUGAUUCCUAAUAUUUUGUACUCACAGAGAACUAAUUGACUAAACAACUUGAACGGUAGUGGUUUGUCCUUAGACAAUCUGUCUUUGAAUUUAAAGUAUCGCUAAGACGUUGACUUUAAAUUUUUCAUCACUACAACCUUGAAUUUAAUUUCAGUUCUUCAACAUGAUGACCUUGGAUUUAAUUUAAAGUCUUCAACACUAUGCGCUUUAUCAUAUUAUUCACAGAUGCAUUUUUGAAAUGUAGUAUGUAAAAGUAUGUAACGUGCUGUUUAUUAACAAAAGAUUGUUCACAACAUCUCAUGUAGUUUAAAUUUGUAAAUACUGCUUCUGUUUUGUUUCUCCUUUAUACACUUGACUGUCUUUGUGAUAAGUGACAUGAAUUUUAUGUUAGGAUUAAGUAUGUUUUCCUGAAACUUGGAUUUUUUUUGUAAUUAUAUAAUGGAGAGUUAAGAAUGAAAUCCUUCAAGUGUUAAAAACUCACAUUUUAAAAGCAAA